CCACUCAAACUGUAAUGUUGGUGCUGCUUAAACUCUACUUAUAGCUCAUAUUAAUAAAUUCUGUUUUAAUGCGCACCAUUGUAACUUCGCCUUAAUCUGGGUGGUGUUGUAUAUUUUGUGUUGGAGAAAUUAUUCUGUUUGUGUUAAGUGUGAAGUGUAUUUAUUAUAAGUCUUAAUAUAUAAGUUUUUUACAUUUUAACAUAAUUUUUGUUAAGAACCAUGGCAAUAGCUGAUAUAGACAAGCCACGUUCCACGGAUGCAACAGAUAGCGUCGAAAAAGGGGAUUAUCCACGCGCUACAACUGGCGUGGUGGUGGGCUCCAUUACUGCCUUUAUUGGUUUCUUUUUCCUGAUGAUGUCUUUCUGCUCACCAUAUUGGAUUGAGUCAUAUGAAGAGUCACGCAGCAAUUUUAAGAACAUGGGCAUUUGGCAAUAUUGUUUUCACGAUUAUGUGUAUCCAGGGUAUCAAUUUCCACGUAAAUUUACUGGUUGCCAUAAUAUAUUCAGUCAUGAAUAUUAUGUGAUUAGGGAGUGGUUAUUGCCUGGUUGGCUUAUGUCCGUGCAGGCUUUUGUCACAAUGGCAUUUAUUUUGACCAUUACCAGUCUUUCUAUUUUGUCGCUGGUGAUUAUAAGAUUACCACUGAAAGGUGUCUUGCAAUACGAAUGGAUUUUGAUUCGAGUUUCUUACCUAUGCACUGUUGUCUCCUCGCUUUUCAUGUUCUUUGCGGUUGCCAUAUUUGGUGGAUGCGCAUAUCGUCGUGAUUGGUUAAUGUAUCCCAAAUUCAAUGUGCUUGGCUGGUCCUAUGCCUUAGCUGUGGUGACAUUCUUUCUGCUUGGUAUUGCUGCAUUAAUACUACAUCGCGAAGCAAAGCAAGCUUAUGACUUGCGUGGGGAACAGAAAAAUUUAGUUAUGCAAAUGGAAAUGCAAGAGCCCGGCUAUCAAGUGCCACGACAUCACCAGUCUCAAUCACGUAGCUUACAAGGUUACAUAUAAUUCCAUUCCAUUUACAAAUAUUUUACAUAAACAAUUUUAUAAUAAGUUUAGUUAAGUUAAUGUUGACAAUGUUAACAAUGAAUGUACGAAUAUGUGCAAUAGAAUUCGUUCAAGUGACUAAGGUACAAUUAGUUAAAUUUAAAUAGUUUAAAACACUGUUAAUAUCCUUUACUUAAAUUUUA